GUAACACAUAUUGUCAAUUGACUAAAACACAAUGAAAUCUUUUCUCUCAAUUCUUCUGAUCUCAAUAACCAUAUCAUCAGUGAUUGGAGCUAUCGAUGGCAAACGGAGACCAAUGAAUCGCAACAGUUAUUAUGAGUUCUUGAUGCGCGCCCAGCACGGCUCCGCAUCCAAGGACCCGAUCGUCUCGUCCCGCUCGCCAAAAAUGGACCGUAACUGCUUCUUUUCUCCUGUACAAUGCAUGUUCGACACGUCAUCGGCAGACGCUUUGGAUUCUUUUCGUCGUUAAUCUAGUCACACGCCCACCUACAAAAAAGGCCCUCCCCUCUGAUAGACCCCGAUUUUUCUCAUCUACUUCUUUUUCUUCCACUGAAUUCUUGAGACCGCGCAUGAGAUUUUUUUGAUGUUGUUGUUGAAAGUAAUAAAAAGGAUACAAAAGUUUU